AUGGCAUUCUUGGAUUUGGUUUCUGGAGAGUCACUAAAUAUCCCUCAAACUCCUAGAACUCUUUCGAGGGUGAUGACUCUUCCUGGAAUUAUAUCUGACUGUAAUUUGAUUGGUGACGGGGAUUCAGAUAGCACUUCAUCUGUUUGCCAUGGGCGGAUAAUUAUAGUGGCAAACAUGUUACCUUUAUAUGCUAAAAGGGAUAGCGAAACUGCUAAAUGGCACUUUGGUCUGGAUGAGGAUUCACUUUUGUUACAAAUGAAGGAUGGAUUUCCAACUGAGACUGAGGUGAUAUUUGUGGGAUCUCUUAAAGUUGAAAUAGAAGCCAAUGAGCAGGAUGCAAUUGCGCAGAGACUUAUGGAAGAUUUCAAAUGUCUACCGACUUUUCUACCACGUGAUAUCCAGGAAAAUUUUUAUCAUGGGUUCUGUAAGCAACAACUCUGGCCUCUUUUUCAUUACAUGCUUCCCAUGUUCCUGGAUCAUGGAGAUCGCUUUGACCGAAAUCUUUGGCAGGCUUAUGUGUCUGCAAAUUAUAUAUUUUCUCACAAGAUCAUGGAAAUAGUUAAUUUCGAGAAUGAUUUUAUCUGGGUUCAUGAUUACCACCUCUUUGUGCUCCCUACUAUUCUAAGGAAGCGUUACAAUAGAGUCAAGCUUGGGUUUUUUCUUCACAGUCCAUUUCCUUCAUCAGAGAUAUACAGAACCCUGCCCGUUAGGGAUGAAAUUCUCAGAGGAUUAUUGAAUUGUGACCUAAUUGGUUUCCAUACAUUUGAUUAUGCUCGUCACUUUCUGUCAUGCUGUAGUAGAAUUCUGGGCUUGGACUAUGAAUCUAAAAGAGGGCACAUUGGACUUGAUUACGCAGGUCGUACAGUUUAUAUAAAAAUUCUGCCUGUAGGUAUUCACCUGGGUAGACUGAAAACUGUGUUAAAUCUUCCUUCCACAUGCAAUAAAAUCAAAGAGAUUAAAAAACAGUUCCUGGGCAGAAAAUUGAUUCUUGGUGUUGAUGAUAUGGAUAUAUUUAAAGGUAUCAGUUUGAAAUUGCUGGCAUUUGAACAGCUUUUGCAGCAGCAUCGGGCGUUGCGGGGAAAACUAGUAUUGAUACAAAUAGUAAACCCUGCUAGGAGCUCAGGAAGGGAUGUUGAGGAAGCAAAGGAAGAAACAUAUUCAACUGCAAGAAGAAUCAAUGAGAUUUAUGGCAGUCCUGAUUAUGAACCAGUGGUUUUGAUUGAUCGUCCUGUUGCUCGCUACGAGAAGACUGCCUAUUAUUCCAUGGCAGAAUGUUGCAUAGUGAAUGCAGUGAGAGACGGGAUGAACUUGGUCCCCUAUAAGUAUUUAGUUUGCAGGCAGGGUUCUUCUCACAUGGAUGAAGCUACAGGCAUCAAAAUGGAUUCUCCUCCGACAAGCGUGCUUGUUGUGUCUGAGUUUGUUGGUUGCUCACCGUCUUUAAGUGGAGCAAUUAGGGUGAACCCAUGGGAUUUCGACUCUGUUGCCGAGGCCAUGAACAUGGCUAUUUCCAUGCCUGAUUCAGAAAGGCAACUGCGACAUGAAAAACACUACCGAUAUGUUAGUUCUCACGAUGUUGCUUAUUGGGCCGGCAGCUUCAUGCAGGAUUUGGAGAGAGCAUGCCAGUAUCACUACGAUAAGAAGUGUUGGGAAUUGGGUUUUGGCCUAAAUUUCAGAGUUUUAUCACUUUCUCCAGGUUUUAGGAAGCUACAUAUUGAUCAUGUCGUCUCUGCGUAUAAAAGGACAAACAUGAGAGCAAUAUUCCUGGACUAUGAUGGAACUCUUGUACCUCCAUCCUCCAUGGUUAGAUCUCCCAGUAGUGAAGUCAUUACUAUACUCAACGCCCUGUGUGAUGAUCCUAAGAACACGGUGUUUAUUGUCAGUGGAAGAGGAAGAAGUUCUUUAAACGAUUGGCUUGCACAAUGUGAGAAACUGGGAUUAGCUGCUGAACAUGGGUACUUCAUAAGGUGGGAUAAAACCUCUGAUUGGGAAUCAUUGUCUGCUGAUCUUGAAUGGAAAGAAAUCGUGGAACCCAUUAUGAAACUGUAUACUGAGGCGACCGAUGGGUCCUAUAUGGAAAUCAAAGAGAGUGCAUUGGUGUGGCAACAUCGGGAUGCAGACCCAGAUUUUGGCUCCUGCCAGUCCAAAGAAUUGUUGGAUCACUUGGAAAAUGUACUUACAAAUGAACCUGCAAUUGUUCAGAGGGGACAGUAUAUUGUAGAAGUGAAACCACAAGGAGUGACCAAAGGAUUGGUUGCCCAGAAGGUCCUCGCUCUGAUGGUAAAAAAUGGACAGCUGCCAGAUUUUGCGAUGUGUAUUGGCGAUGAUAGAUCAGAUGAAGACAUGUUUGAAAGCAUAUUGAGCAGUGUCUCUAGUUUAUACCUAGCAGCAGCACCUGAGAUCUUUUCUUGCACCGUUGGGCAAAAGCCAAGCAAGGCUAAAUAUUACGUUGAUGACGCUGCUGAUGUUGUGAGGCUGCUUCAACAUCUCGCCACUGCUUCAAGUCCAAACCCUCUGGCAUAG